CGAUUUAUUUGAGCGAAAAUGGUUUUUCAUCAGAUUCCGCUUCGUAGAGCUAGACUAUCUAGCAAGCACAACAGAACACUUCGAUCAUCAUGAUGGACUCUCGUGACGACAGAGAAAUGUCAGCUGCUUCGGCUGGUAGCAAGAAGAAGCCGAAUGAUUAUGCUACAAUGUCACUGGAUCAGCUCCAGGUCCUGGCGAUGGGCGGAGACAAAGCUGCGGCUGUGAUGUAUUUUUCUCAGCUGCGGUUUCAGGGAAAUGAAAUGAUGCCACCACCACCACCACCCAUGUUGGGACCACCUGCCGGUGCCGCUACAAGCACGUUGGAAGGGUCCACGUCCACAAAAAAGCGAAAGUACGCGAACACCGAAGAGAUGUACCGUCAAACCUUGGAUUGCAAGCCGUUCAAUGAUCUGUCGGCCUCAUCCGCACAUUUGAACACCGGCCAUGCAGAACCCGACAAGACCCAUCAUGGGUUCUUGCCGAUGCUACUGGAAUUACCUGAAAAGGUCCAUGAGAAGAUCUGUCAGCAACUUAACAAUUCGCCACUCAUUGAAACUGAUCUUUUGAAUGAGAAUGACUUUCACACCAACUGCUUCAAUUUAGUUUGGACUGUCCUGUUCAACUCUGGCCUUAGAGAGGUUGUGAAACUUAGCAAUACCACUCAGUUUUUUGACGUCAUCACAGACUUCACGCUACUCUUGAGAAAGAACUUGUUCCCGAUUGGAGGAGGAGAAGUGAAGAAAGGAAAGUGGGAGAUGGAUCGCGACGAUCAGGGGAAAAGUGGGGAAGUGUAUGGACAAGUUUGCAAUGAAAUGGCCUCCAUGACACUCAAUGGCCCGAAAUCCCCACCCAUGCUACUGACGACGUUGAACCAAUGGCGGCUUGUUUCAAAUUGUCCCAUGGAAGAAAUUGAGAAGGACAUCAAGGCAAUCCAAAGAAAGCUGGGGGAAAUACGACAAGAUCCAAAUGUCCUUUUCGAUGAUUGGAGUUCUGCUGAGCAAGCCAAAGGAUCGCCUGAGGCCCCUGUCAUCGCUCCCGAUUCUCAGAGAAAGACAGAAUUGUGUCCUCCGAAUGUACUAAGAAAACAGCGCAAACAAAAAGAGGAUCCCCGUCCCACUCACCUGGCUGCCACUCCCAUUUCAGUUGCAAAUGGGAAGAAAGAAGAUAAGGGUAGCACUUCCACUUCAGCUCCAGGUGAGACGCCAAAAGGAAAAAAGGGAAGCACCAUUACAUCUCUGGUCAAUCCAGAGUCGAGGGAUGUCUAUACCAGUCAAGUUUUCAAGUUUCCUUCGGAGACAAAGAUGGUUGCCAAUUUAAUCUACACAUGGUUGUUGCUGGCAUUGCGGGGAUCCACCAAUCGGCACCGAUUCGAUCCUUUUGCAAAAUCUAUUAAAGCUCCCUGUCGGGCCCUGAAUGUUGGCCGUGAACAAGACUCCGGGACACAGUUAUUUUGUAUUACAUUUGGCCACUUGAAGGAGGGGAUUGAUUUCCACAGCACCCCCAGAAGAAAUCAGAAGUCUUUUUUGGUUUGGUCUCCCUUGGGGUUCACAGAUAAGUCAAUGUGCUGCUUCGCCACCAACAACGCUGAUGGUUUCACCGUUAGCAAGGAGAAGAAAAAGGAGAAAGAUGGCAAAUGUGAUGCCGUUGGCGCCAUGAAACCUCGCGCAGCUUCUCCGUGUGCCAUCAAGUUCUUCAAAGGACCCGCAGAUGAAACCAAAUCUCAUGCCGAGAAAGAGUUCGACAUAUGGCAUGCUCUGUACCCUAUGUUUUCUUUUAUGGCGGUGAACAUAGUAUUCGGCAGAACAUAUCUUGUCAUGCCGUAUCUUCAGGCAUUCAGCCGCUCAGAACGUUGUGAGAUGUUGAAAGAUCAAGCUGGCCGAUCCAAGCUCGAAGCUGCUUUCCAGUGGCUCUACUCGAAGGGCUACAAGUACGAGGAUCAGGAUAUUCGAUGGCGCCAUCUUGGCUGGUACUGGAUCAAUAAUCAGCGACAAAUUGGCUUUUGUGACUUUGGCUCUAUGGUUCAUGUGGGUGCGAACUCAGCAGGUGCACAGGCUUGGAGUCUAAAAGCGGUUCGGAAGUUGGAUGACAACUUGGAAGACAAAGCUCAUACACCUCCUUAUGUUGAACAGACUCAUGUUCCGCCGACUGGCAGCGCUGGAGUGGAAUUAGCUGCCCCCGAGUAGGGCUCAUCCACGAUUACUCACCGUUGAGGAGGCGACCCCCAAGAAGAAGGAGGCAACCUGUGCAUAGUGGUAUUUGUUUUGGCAUGGCAGCUAGCUUGAACUGGCAGUAAACCUAGUACCCGAGUUGUGCGAACAUACC